AUGUGGAACUUUGAUUUUUCAUCCACCUCAAUUGUUAUAACGAGAGAUACCAAAGAAAAGCUCGUGGUGUCCAUCAAACGAGUCGACGAUCUCGUCGAUGGUGACGGCUUCUUUUUGGCUAAAAGGAUUUCUGCUGUCGUAGUGGACUUUGAAUUGAAGGAUGAUCACCUUUUGUUGGAUUCCGUACCGGUGAAACUGGGUGUUAACAACGUUCACGUCAUAAAUGCCGAGUUCGUUCCCGCAGGUGUAAAAGAAGAAGAUAUUCGCAAAUACAAUGAGAAUUUCGCCAUUGGUCUUGUCAAGGUGGAAGUGAAUACAAAAGUUGAAUCGACGAUCCCCUUCCGUAAAAUCAAUAUCUCCAUCAGGAUCAUUGAAAUAGACGGAGUUAAAGUUUCAUCAAAUAACACCGUUGAAAAAUUUUGGGAAUUCAAGAUACUAGAAACUGAAGAUGGCGAUCAGAACUCCGAGAUCUUACCCAUUCCGCCUGUCGACGACAACACAAACACACGUAUCUUUCUUUCUUCGCUCUCCCUUACCGCUAUUUUUGGUGUGAUCUUCCUUCUAGUUUCGUCCAUCGCCAAUUCUGCGAUGACGCUCGCAUCUCCAAACAAGUUCAGUAAAUACCAGAAAGUUCUUCAAGAUGAAGGAAGUUAUGGGAAUAUGCAUGGAGAGGUGGAGAAAGUGAUAUUUGUUGCUGAUGAUCAUAAGCUUAAAUCAUAA